GAAUGAUUGGUCAAUUAUCAUUCAAUAUGAGAUGAUAUCUCUAAGUCGGUCAAGACUCCAAAAAUGGCUAUCUUCAAUAAUUAUGAAAAGCAAAUAAUUAUCUUCUAAAAAUUUUAGAAUUAAAAACAACGCUCUCAUUUGACCUUACACAGGUUAAAUUGUAAAUAUUGGUUUUAGUGGCCAUCCUUGUAUCAAAUUCAUCCUCAUCCUUUUUUUAUUCAACGCAAAAUCAGUGGAAUCCUUGAGAAGAUGAAAUUUCAAUCAAUAACUACUCAGAAGGAUGCGGAUAGAUGAGGAGAACUGAAAAAGUACAAUACUUCUUGGGAAGCUGAGCAUCAUCAUAACUCUUCCCAUUGUAAUUAACACAUUUAUUUAUCUACCAAUUUGUUAUUUGUUAUUUUUGUUUCGUCUUUUUGUUAAUACUAUGUUAAUGUUUAUCUUUAAAUGGAUAGUUAAAUAAUUAAUCUUUCCUGUGUACACUCAACAAUUAGAUUGUAACUCAAAAUUUAACCCAAAUUUUCAACCCAAAUGUUGCUGCAUUUUCAACGGUCAACAUUUGAAGCUUGGCACCUAAACAAAAUGUUAUUCAUCUACAUUUCAAUAAUAUCUGCUAUUAUCCAUCAAAUUAAUUCAUUUCCCAGUGUGCUUAGAAUAGGUGGACUAUUCAGUGAUGGUGAAGAAGAACAAGAAUUAGUAUUUAAAUAUGCCGUUGAUAGAAUCAACUCGGAUACAACGAUUUUACCAAGAUCAGCUUUGGUCGCUCAGGUUGAACAUUUUGGUUCUGAGGAUAGUUUCAGAGCUGAUAAGAAAGUUUGUGGCCUUCUUCACGCCGGAGUGGCAGCCAUUCUUGGUCCUCUUAGUGAUUCAACCUCAAUGCAUGUUCAAUCUAUUUGUGAUGCUCUAGAAAUACCUCAUAUUGAAACUCGUUGGGAUAUUUCAUCUCAUCGAGAAGAACUUUCUAUUAACCUUUACCCUAAACCAGCUGUACUUGCUCGAGCAUACAUUGAUCUGGUAAAAUAUCUUGGUUGGAAACAAUUCUGUGUGGCUUAUGAAGAUAAUGAUGGAUUAGUGCGUCUUCAAGAAUUUCUGAAACAAGCUCAAAAAAAUGAUUGGUCAGUCAAAUUUUACAAAUUCAGACCUGGGAAACCUUACAGAGAAACAUACUGGAAAAUAAAGAAAACAGAAAUAACAAAUAUCGUUCUGGAUAUCAGGACUGAAAAUAUUAAUCGAGCUCUUAAACAUGCUCAACAAGUUGGUCUUUUAACAGAGAAACAUAACUAUUUGGUCACCUCUUUGGAUUUACACACAGUUGACUUAGAAGAUUUUAAAUUUGGUAAAACAAAAAUCUCUUCUUUUCGUUUAAUUGAUACUUCAUCGACUGAAUUAAUCACAUUGCUCGAUGAAUGGAGUUCAAUAUCAACAAGAUAUGGACGACGGACGAUUAAUCCACCUGAAAGUAUCAGAACUGAUACAGCUUUAAUUUACGAUGCUGUUAAAUUACUUGCAACUGCUCUUCAAGAUCUCGAUCAAAGUCAAUCCAUUGACAUUACUCCUAUUUCGUGUGAAAAUGGACUACCUUGGUUGCACGGUAGUUCAUUGCUUAACUACAUGAGACCGAUCACAUUUCGUGGGAUAACUGGUUUGGUCGCUUUUGAUCAACUUGGUUUCAGAUCAAGCUUCACUCUAGAUGUCAUGACAGUUUCUGAAGAUGGCUUACAAAAGAUUGGUAUUUGGAAUCCAGAGGAAGGCAAAGGUGUAAAUAUUAGUGAUGCCUGGCGAGCCUUUCUUUUCCAGACUCAUGCUCUUGAAAACAAAACGGUCGUGGUCACUACCAUUCUGAAUGAACCAUUUGCUAUGUUGAAAGGCUCUGCUCGUGAAAAGUCACAAAAUGAACGUUACGAAGGAUACGCAAUUGAUUUAAUUGACGAAUUAUCAAAAGUACUUCUCUUUAAAUAUAUUUUUCGUGAAGUUAAAGAUGAAGCCUAUGGAACAUUGAAUGAAACAACUGGAGAAUGGAAUGGGAUGAUUGGUGAGCUGAUUCGAGGAGAAGCUGAUUUAGCGAUUGCAGAUUUAACAAUUACAUCUAAACGUGAAGAAGCUGUCGAUUUCACGCUUCCUUUCAUGAAUACUGGAAUAUCAAUUUUGUUUCGUAAACCGACAAAAAAGGUUACCACAUUGUUUUCCUUCUUAUCCCCAUUUUCAAUGGUUGUUUGGGUUUAUGUUGUUGGUGCAUAUGUCGGAGUUUCUGUCAUUCUCUUCGUUGUGGGAAGACUAUCUCCAUAUGAAUGGGAUAAUCCUCACCCCUGUAGGCAAGAUGAUCAAGUAUUGGAAAAUGAUUUCAGUCUUCUGAACAGUUUCUGGUUUACCAUUGGAAGUCUUAUGCAACAAGGUUCAGACUUGGCACCCAAUAGGUCUAUGUCUACUCGAACAAUCGCUGGAAUAUGGUAUUUCUUUACACUAAUCAUGAUAUCUUCGUACACCGCUAAUCUGGCUGCUUUCUUGACCGUUGAGAAAGUCGUUUAUCCAAUCGAGGAUGCCAAAGAUUUAUCGAUGCAAACAGAGAUUGAAUAUGGCUGUGUUAAAUCAGGAUCAACCUGUGGUUUCUUCAAGGAUUCAAAUCUAACAGUUUACCGGCGAAUGUAUGAAUUUAUGAUUUCACAUCCUUAUGUUUUUGCCGCCUCUGGUGCUGAUGGUAAGAAACGCGUUCUCAAUGGUAAUUAUGCCUUCUUGAUGGAAUCAGCAUCUAUUGAGUACGCUAUUGAACGAGAAUGUAAUUUAACUCAAAUUGGUGGAUUAUUGGACAACAAGGGAUACGGGAUAGCAACUCGGCGAAACUCACCUUAUUCCAGAUUAUUGUCUCAAGGAAUCCUUCAACUUCAAGAAAGAGGUGUUCUUCACACCCUUAAAGAUCGCUGGUGGAAACAAAAGCGUGGUGGUGGUGCUUGUGCUGAUGAUGCUAAAAAAGGAUCAUCCAGUGUUACUGAGCUUAGUCUUGGUAAUGUUGGUGGUGUGUUUGUGGUACUUGUUGGUGGACUUUCAUUCUCUAUCCUAAUGGCUGUCUGUGAAUUCAUGUGGAGAGCAAGAAAAAUUGCUCCAGAUAGGAAGUCAAUGUGUGAUGAGAUGGUUCGAGAUCUCAAAUUUGCUUUAUCGUGCCAAAGUUCAACUAAACCUGCUCGAACCAGUAUUCGUUAUGCAGGAUACACAGGACCCGAUAAUGUCCAUGAAAAACCGGCGCCGUCGAUGCCAGGAUUUAUUAACUAUUGAUCAAAUUCAGCUAAUACAUUGUAAUAAUAUGGUGCAAUGGCUCUUAACAUUGGCAAAAAUGAAACCAACCUCAAUAUGCUCAACGAUGUUUUUUCCUCUUCCUCUUCCUUUCCUUUUUUUGGAAAACUUUUAAUCUAAUUUAUAUCAUCAUUCUCUUUGGUAAUCAUUAUGGUCAUUCAAGGGAGAGGACGACAAAUAACGCGAAACGAAGCCAACUUU